AUGAAGGAUAACGCGGAAAGUGCAUUGAAUGAUAUGUACAGUGAAGAUAUGGUACAUCAGAGGAAUCAGCAUCGGAAGUUAUGUACAACGAAAUUAAGUAUAGUACACGAGGGGAGGGGGACGCUAUGACAUGUAAGUUAUGGUACAAGAUGUCAUCGUGUUAGGAAUAAACCCAUGCAGAAGAACCUCCCUGGUGUGAAGCGGUAUUGGUGACAGCGUGUCAUGCAGUUCGAACACAACGAACUUGCAUUACGGUUACAUUGUCGCAGAACAGGGACAGUGUUAUAUCGAUUUCAUGCCGAGGAUACAACGGGGGAAUUGAGACUGUCCGAACGAUGGGCAAUAGCCCACCACGUGUUCAAAGAGGCAGAUUGGGGUGGCAGGGAGGGUUCCCAAGUGUCGUGGAAAUAGCAAUCAGAGGCAAAGUCAUUAUAACAACGAACUUAGACAUCGACAUCGAUGUGGUGAACGGAGUUCAAGGGCAGAUAGUUGGAAUAUGGGCUGAUCCGAGUUGCGCUCUAGUGAAAUUAGAGUGAUAUCGAAGUUCGGAAAUAGAAGAGCUGGGAGAGUCAACGAUUCCAGUCUUUCCCAUCCAACGAACAUUCGAGGUAAACAUGCGCAA